CGUACCGGAAGUGGUUUGUUAUGCAUCGCUGGGAGGGAGGUGAGAGACAACGAAACCAAGAUGGAGAGCUGGAAGACAGCGGGUAAAAAUAGCUUUGAGUUUUUAGGGUUUAUAUGCCCUCAUUGACCAAGAAUAUGUAAUGGUGGAAACUGUGCUGGAUGCCAUACCUCUGGCUCCUGUGUAGAUUUUGUGUCCCUUUAAAUUCAGGGUUAACAUGGCCGCCUGGCUGGCUGGCUGCCUGCAUGCUGUGUUUAUAUGUGCAGAUAGAGCAGUGUGUGUGUGUGUAGACCCAGCCAGGGCAAGGCUAUGGCUCCACAUUCAUGUAUGCAUGCUUGAGAUGAAUGUGUUUAUAGAUAUUUGGUAAUUUCACUAGAAUGCUUUAUAUGCAGGCGGAGUUCAUAUAGGGAGGGUCUCUCUAGUUAAGAUUUAUCAAUAACCUAUGUAUUAACUACUGGCAGGGCAGUUUGUAUUGUUGAGGUUAUUUACUAAACUGGGAAACUGUAUAUGGAUAAGCACAUUUCCGCUUAUAGGGCCAAAGUUAGGAACAAGUAUUUAGUGAAUCUAGUUUUUAGUCUUUGUCAUUUUGGCCUAAAAAUUUCAAUUCCAUGGUAAAUUCUGCAUAAUUUGGACUGAAAAGCAAUCCGUGCUAAUUAAUAUGUUGGCAUUUUUAAAUAAGGGUCGAUGAUCAUGGAACACACACAACGGUUAGUUUGUCAGGGAAAUGUGUUACUCGGUUCAGAUGCCAAUGCACUGGUAAUGAAGCCAAGAGGUUUACAUGGAAGAGGAUUGCCCUACUUGGGGGACGAAUGCUUUUGGAGGACAGGCAGGUUGCUGUGAUGUGAGGUGGUCCAUGGCGCCAUCUUAACGUAAGGGUUUAAAUCGUUAAUGAAUGGUUUAACCCCAACUUCCUGAACAUGGCACCCGAUCGCUCUGCCCCUCCACUUUCUAUACAGGUCCAAGGUUUCAAUCUGGAUCAGAUGAUGCUUUCAGCCCAUCACUCGCUGUCUGUUCAGACUGUGAGUGAAAAUUUGUGAAUUGUUCAUUUUUGACCAGUCAUUACCCAAGUGCUGAAGGACGAAACUACUGUAUGUGAUCUGGUAUAUGGUGUAAUUCAUCGAAAUAGCAGGCUGGCAUAUUAUGCAAAGCAAUCAGUGAAAUCGUAGUGUCUGGCAUAUUAUAUACAUUUGUAAAAUGGCAGUCUGGCAUUUAUUUUAAACCAGUAAGAUCUCAUGAUGCCAUGUGUGCAUAUGGCAUUAUAAAUGGAAAAUGGCCUGCAACAUACAUCCUUUUACAAUGUCAUCUAAGGCACAGGCUCUCAACCUAUGGAACACGUACCCCAGGGGGUAUACGCACCACAAGCAGUGGGUAUGUCAGGAGCUUGCUAGCUGUGCGCUAAGGCAGAGCAGGCACCUGACUACUUCAACGGCAGUAGCCUACGCUAAUCGAAUGUGCUUUGUGUGCUGCUCCCUCGUGCACUGUUUAGUGAUGCCAGGGUAUGACAUCACUCUGGCCCUGGCAUUACUAAAAUGCGCGUGAGGGAGCAGUGCUGGAAGACCAUGAAUAUGGUAGGAGCCCCACUUGACCCCAUGACAAGUACCCACUCCAGCUCUCCCAAAAGUAGGGAGGCUGGGUGGACUUAAAAAUAAUAAUUUGUGUGUGUGUAAGAAAAUGUGUCAGUGUCCUCUGUACGUGUGUGUUAGGGAAAAGACCUGAAUAAUAUGCUUUAUGGUUUCCAGAUUAGAGAAUAUUGAGCACUCGGGAAAUCAACUUACACUGACAGCCUGUGUCUGCAUGUCUGAUUUCCCCAGCGCUCGAUAUUCUCUAAUCUGGAAACCUUGAAGCAUAUUAUUCAGGGCUUUUCAGUGUCAUCUGUGUGUAACUAUUAAGUGUGUUGUUUUUUUGGUUUUUUUUUGUGACUUUUUAAAAAAAGUUUCUAUUUUUAUUGUUUUCACUUUUACACACAUCCUCAAAUACGUCAGCAAUUGUGCUGGCAAGUGAAUACAUUGCAUUAUACAAUAUUUUGUGACUUUUAUACUUCAGAUUAAUAGUUCAUACACUCCUCCUUACAUGCAUAAUAUUCACAAACUCCUUUUAACAUACUCAAUAUUCACAUUGUCAUAUUUAUUUUAAAAAUAUAUUCUUUAUUACGUUUAAUUAAAGGGACACUGUAGGCACCCAGAAAUCUUCAGCCCAUUGAAGUGGUCUGGGUACCAACUCCCUUUACACUUAACCCUGCAAGUGUAAUUAUUGCAGUUUUUAUAAAUUGCAAUAAUAACCUUGCAGGGUUAAGUCCUCCUCUAGUGGCUGUCUACCUCCCUAUGGGGAGGUCUAAUUGCUGCACGUGCACAUUUGGUCUCUCCCGCCGGACGAACGUCGGUGGGGGAAGAGCGUGGGGGGAGCCUGACCCAGUGCCGAGGGACAUCAGUGCGAGAUUCAGGUAAGUGUCUGAAGGGGUUUUAACCACUUCAGUGACAUGGGAUGGGGGGUGCGACAUGGGAUGGGGCAUGUUUGUUUGGCAUGUGCUAGCCUUUGAGUUUGACAUGCUUGCCCUAGAGCACGCAUGGUCUUAGCACAGGUGUUUCCACUCCAAGAACCAUGAUCAUGCCAGGGAUUUGAAGUGGUCAUGAUGCUUGAAGUCUAUAUGUGCACCAUGUCACUUAGAAGCACUGCACAUAAAGACAUCUCUGUCAUUAGGCAGCUGGCUAAUGGAAAUUCUGGCAACAGAUUACCAAUAAUGGGACCUCUCCCCUCUGCUCAUCCUCCGGGACGACUCUUCCUUUUUUCUUUCCUUCUUUCAAGAAACACUCUAGCAUUAGAAAUACAGGUAUGAAGAUAAGACAGUCUUGAUGUGGCUAUUUACUUAAGGCCCCCCCAUUGUGUAGAAAGAAAAAAUGAAAUAAAAAGAAAAUAAACUAAUUACUCACCUUUUCUCCAAGUCUCCCUUUUUGCUGCCACGGCCUCCUCGAGUGAUGUCAUAGAGGAGCAUUGGGGACCAUAGAGGCAUGCGUGACGCUCGCUGCAAUGUGUCUAUGAUUCUGCCAUAAAGAAUCAUUGAAUACAAUGUUUCUCUAUGACAUACCAUGACUGCAUAUGUGCUCAUGGUAUGUUACAGUAUGAGAGCAGGAAAGAAACAUUCCCAGCUCUCACACCCAUAGGUCAUGGCUUGGAGAUGCAUUUCUAAGCCUUCUCAUUAUUUAAAUAAAAGGUUUUGUGGUAUUGUAACGGGUGGUAGGACUGAUGGUACUAUAACAACUUCAAUAAUAGGAAGUUGUUUUAGUGCCUUAAGUGUUCCUUUAAUUCACCCUGCAAUGUAAAACCACUUUGCGUGAGGACGUACAGUGUCUUCAAAAUCCUCUUAGCAUUCAUUCAGUGCUUUGUUAUGGGGAAGGUCUAAUGCGUGUGCAUUAGGUUUCCCCAUUGGCAUGACAUUGCUGAAGGAGGACGUCAAUCCAGCGUCGAGCAACUUUGGCACUGGAAGAGAUAAGGGAAAAUAGGGGUUAACUGGCUUGUGGGGCCAUUGAGACAGAGGGCCAGUAAAGCAUUAUGAAUGCAGUUUUGUAUUCCUAAUGCUAUAGUGUUCCUUUAAUGAAAUGUCCUAUGCUAAAUUCUUGGCAGAGCUGUGGACUGCGGCUCAGCUUUCUCUCUUGAGAGAGAAAGCUGGUACCCAAGUACAGCGUGGAGCUUGCAGGCACUGCAUCCAUAACUUGAAUAAAAUUGAUGUAGCCAGCCCAGAAUUCUUCUUCUAAGUAUCAUCUUUGAAUUACACUUUUUCAAUAUGCUAGAUUGUUACAAAGUUUCUGUACUACCACAUACUAAUUAAUCUCAUGAACUCAUUCAUUAAAAAAAACCAAAAAACUGCAAGGUUGGUUUAGUAAUUUCCUUUUGUUUUCAGGUAUAGGGGGGCGGCGAUUUGCUUCUACGCCCUCUAAACCGGUUAAAACCAGCGCAUAUAUUCUUUACCAAGAAGAACUCAUAGAGAAGAAAAAGAAAGAGAUUGAAGCCAAAACAAAGCAUCAGGCCAAGCAAGCUCAGCAAGCCAUCCAGUCUAAAAAUGCUGAGUGAGUAAACAUACUGUUUAUGGAUUAAUAUUAAACGAGUUAUUGAUUAUACUAAUGGCACUCCAGCUUUUGAAGAUGACCGUUCUUUUGGGUUUCUGCUGGCCAUACAUAUGACUUAAUGUUAUGGAAGUAAUUGUUCUGAUGUGCCAGUGGUGAGUCGUCACUGAUUUCUACUGUUCCAUUGUCAGUUAUUUUCGUCAUGAUGGUCUAGGCCAGGAGUAGGCAACCUUUUAGCAGCACUGUGCCGAUCUAGGAUUGUGAUGUCCCGUGGCGUGCCGGUCCUAUUUUUUUAAAAUGAGGUGUGUAUGCUGCCGUAUUCUGCUUGUGUUAUUUAUACUGUAAAUGCUUUGUAUGGUUGUAUUUGUGCGUAUAUGAGCUAUUAUAUUGUAUAUGUUCAGGAGUAGUUUGUGGUAUCGUGUAUGAUACAUAUGAAUGUGGGCUGUGUAUGGGGGCUGCUUGUGGAAUUGUGUGUGUGUGUGUGUGUGUGGAUGGAAAUGCCACGUUGUGUGUUUGGUAGUGUGUGUAUGUGUGGGGGCUGUUUGGGGUUGUGUGCAUGUAUGUGGAUUGUUAGCGGGUUACGUUUGUGGGCUGCUUGUAUUAUUUGUAUGAGUAAAUCUAGCAGUGUGGGUGGCUUCCCUGGGUUCCAGUGGGAACCAGGCUGGGCAGGCACAGGUCAAGGACAGGAGCUGCAACAGCAGCUGCAGACUGCACUACUACAGUGUGGCUUCACAUUCACAAGUGCUGGGAGGAAGUGAUCUGAGAUCACUUCCUCUAUGUGCUGCAAUGCAUAAAUUGAGGAUUGUCCUUCACCACCUUUUCGUAUUAGCAGAUAUCUGAAGUUUCACUGGGACUCCUGAUAGGCCAGAGCCUGUUUGGCUGUUUUUUUUUUAAACCGGGACUGAGAUUUAGUAUAGAGGGGGGGACUUGGGGGGAGAGGGAAUGGGAUUUAGCAUAGAUUGGGGGAUGGGAUUAGCAUAGAUUGGGGGGGAAUGGGAUUUAGCAUAGAUUGGGGGAGGAAUGAUUUAGCAUAGAUUGGGGGAAUGGGAUUUAGUAUAGAUUGGGGAGGGAAUGGGAUUUAGCAUAGAUUGGGGGAGGGAAUGGGAUUUAGCAUAGAUUGGGGGAGGAAUGGGAUUUAGCAUAGAUUGGGGAGGGAAUGGAUUUAGCAUAGAUGGGAAUGGGAUUUAGCAUAGAUUGGGGGGGAAUGGGAUUUAGCAUAGAUUGGGGGGGGGCAUAGAUUGGGAUUUAGCAUAGAGGGAAUGGAUUUAGCAUAGGGGGAGGGGGAUUUAGCAUAGAUUGGGGAGGGACUGGGAUUUAGCAUAGAUUGGGGAGGGACAUAGAUUGGGGGGACUGGGAUUUAGCAUAGGGGAGGACUGGGAUUUAGCAUAGAGGGGAGGGACUGAUUUAGCAUAGAUUGGGGAGUACUGGAGAGGAGGAAGGACUGGGAUUUAGCAUAGAGUGGGAGGGACUGGGAUUUAGCAUAGAUUGGGGAGGUACUGGGAUUUAGCAUAGAGUGGACUGGGAUUUAGGGGGAGGACUGGAUUUAGCAUAGAGUGGGGCGGACUGGGAUUUAGCAUAGAGUGGGGGACUGGAUUUAGCAUAGAGUGGGGGGACUGGGAUUUAGCAUAGAGUGGGGGGACUGGGAUUUAGCAUAGAGUGGGGGCUGGGAUUUAGCAUAGAGUGGGGGGACUGGGAUUUAGCAUAGAGAGGGGACUGAGAUUUAGCAUAGAGGGGGUGGGACUGAGAUUUAGCAUAGAGUGGGGAGGGCGACUGGGAUUUAGCAUAGAGUGGGGGGGGGCAACUGGUGGGGGCGACUGGGAUUUGGCAUGGGGGAACGGGACUGGGAUUUAGUAUGGGGGAGAGGACUGGGCUUUAGAAGAGGGGAUGCUGUUUUUUUAUUUAUAAUUUUUUUUAUUAUACUGUACAAAAAUAAACUUACGCUUCUAUGAAAAUGUAAGUUUGGUUUUUUUUGCGGCCCACGUAAACUUAAACCUUGUUUAUUUGCCCGUGCUAGCCUUUGAGUUUGACAUGCUUGGUGUUGGGAGACUAUGGGAGUCACAGUUAGAAAAGGUGAAAUUGUUUUGGCGAUUAAUGUGUUCCUUUAAAGUGUACAGGGUAAGAACUAUUUACAGAGGUUUUUUUUUUUUUUUUCAGCAACCACCUACUUUAUUGCUGCAGCCUCUGGGACCUUGCAUACUACUUAAAUGAACUACUUAAAUUGUAUUAAAAUGAUUUGUUAUAAUGAAAAAAAAAUAUUUUAGCAGUAUUGUGAUAAAAAUAUAAAUGAUCUUCCUACCUGUUGUUCUGACAGAAUAAAAUAAUUGGCCUGGAUUUGAUAACCCCCACCAUAAUAUAUUGAAAGUGUUAAACCCAGUGAGCUCACUAAACACUGUAUAAGGGUUACUUUUUAGAUUUUUCACAAUCUUUUGUCAGAUUGAAGUGUACUGAUAUACCUAUAAAGGAAAGUUCUGGUCUGAUAACAACUUAAUCUCUUUUAUUUUCCACAGGAAACACAUAGCUAACACUUCUGUCCUACUCUCCAUGCUGAUGGCAGAUGCUAAGUUUGCACAGACAUUACCUUAGCUAUCCAGGAACUCUUGUUCCAGGUUUAAUAUUAACAUCCCAAUGUCGCUGCCAGAAGUGGAGUAUCAUAUCGGGCAGCAGAGGGGUUAAUCUCUGUAUCCGCAGCAUUUCAUAUUGAAAUGCUGCAUAUAUUGACUCCAGGCACCAUGGUCACUUCAAAUCACUGAAGUGGUCAUGGUGCUUGGAGUAAUCCUUUAACUUAUUUUAUAUAAAAACCUGACAUUUAAGUGAGAAACACUGUUUUCUAUAAGCUUGCAAUUUUUUUUACAAAUUGAGAAUGUUAGGGGGAUAUUUCUAUAAUUUAACAUUAUAUUGAUCUUGCUAUGUAUUUAGAUUAGAAUCAGUUGUUUUCAAUUCAAUCUAUAGCUUACCUUCUUCAUCCUCCACAUCAAACAAGUUUGCAAACGAUGGCAGCUUCCUGCAGCAGUUUCUCAAGUUACAGAAAGAAAAGUCGAGCACAGGUGAGUGUGGAAAAAUUAUUUUGUAUUUCUAUGUGCAGAAGAGUGAAUACCGUCCAUAGAGGAAAAACAAGUUACAUAGUUACAUAGGCUGAAAAGAGACAUGUAUCCAUCAAGUUGUUUUUUUUUUUUUUUCUUUCAUGUGAAGAUUUAUUAUGAAAUGUGGGUUUAUGUCAUCAGAUGCAUUACCCGUCUAUUAAUUGCAUGUUAUCUAGUAUUGUCACACAAAUCUAUCCUGACAACACCUCUUGAUAAGCAUAGUCACUAGAUCAUUCAGUACAAGAUGCAGCAUAAGAAGAAAUGUUACUUCGAGCUUACAUAUUUUUAGUUGUGAGUCUCUUUUGUGCCUUAAAUCAUACAACAAGGCAAACAUUGUUAAUUUUAGAACCACAAACAUUCACAUGCGUUUGCUCUGGAGCUGUGCGUAUUUUGGUACUUAUGCAACUCCCUCUUGAUUAUAGUGAAAUUCAGUAGCCCAAUGGAAGUAGAUAACUACUUUUAAAGCAUUACUCCAAGCACCAUUACCUCUUCAGUGUUUUGAACGCUGUUUUUAUGUGCUGGCAGUGUUUCAGUAUGAAGUGCUAUAUGUACUGAGAUAAUGACAAUAGGUUCUGGAGGUGUCACUCCACCUUUGGCAGCUCUCAUUUUUUCUGCAUGUUUUCUUUGUAAAUAAAUGGAAAUAAACCUGCUUGCCUUUGCAAUCCCCUUCCCUUUAUCCCUCACACAGACUGAAAAUUAACCACUCUGUGAGUGCAUACGAUUGUGGGUUCCCAUACCUCUUAAUGAGCUGUAGAGCCAACAGUAUUUUAGUUGGGGUUAUAUUUAAACAAAUCUUCUGCCUCUAGCCAUUUGGGGAUUGUGGCUGGGAUGAUGCAGCCGGAGAGGAGGAAAGAGAGCCACUGGAGGACAGGUAAAAUAUAGCCCUGUGGACUUUGCAAGCCACUCCCCUUUUCCCUAGCCCAGACUUUCUGUGGUUGUCCAAUCACAGACUUCCCAGUGCAGCUCAGUGAGACGUCCUUGCAAGGCAAUUGCUGCCUCUUCAGUUUAGCUCCACUGAGCUAAACAAACCAGGAAGUAACAGGACCAGUUGUCUGACAACCAGGGGGUGUAACAAGAUUAAUUCAUAAAUGUGCCAAUUUCUAUUGAUAUCUGUACUUUUUGUACAUUUGAAAAAAAGAGGACACACUCUUCACACAUUCAGCAAGCACUUCAGCAAGCUUAAGGUGUUUGGAGUUUUUGAUGUUUGAAGAGUUGCUUUAAAGGGACAACAUAGCGUUAGGAAUACAAAUAUCUAUUUCUAAUGCUACAGUGGUUCUGUCCCCAGUUAGCUUUAGGCCCCCAUAAUGUGCACAGUAAAUAAUGAAAAAAAUAUUAUUUUACUUAUCUUUGCUCAGCUUCGUGUCUCUUCUGCGUCUGCCACCUGCUCCUCGUCGUGUGACAUAACUCUGGAGGCGUGCCUCCAGGAUGAUAGUCCAAUCCAGUGCCUCUUAAAGUGGAGCAUUGGGGACUAUAGGCACACGCGUGGCGAUUGCUGCAAUCCGCCAGUGAUAAUCUUGUCAUAGAGAAUCAUUGAAUUGUAUACUUAAAUAAAUGAUCUGACAAAAUGAUAACUAAAGGGCUGUGUACAGUGUUUGAUGAGAUUUCCCUAUUUAUAUUUUGUUUCCAAAAAUAUAUUUUUAAAAUGUAAUUUAUGAUGCCCAAUAUUAGUUUUCUUUCAAUUAUUUUGUUUUGUUAUAUGUGCCAUAAUAACAGCAGUUUUGUUUUUUACUUACAGAUACCUCAUCAAGUUCAGCUGGGAACACUGGGCCUUCUCAGAAGAAACCUGUUGUUUUAGGAAAGAGACCUGGACUCUCUGGGGAAAGUAUGUUAAACCAAAUGAAGACCUAUUCGCACACGAAGCAAACCCCGAAAAUGAACCGCCUCAGUGUCUUUAAGUCUCCUGAGGAUGAUGAUGAUGAUGAGGAAGAUUAUGAGCAGUGGCUUGAAAUAAAAAGUAAGUAGUGGAAGGUGAGAGAGGAUUAUUAGGCUAGACAUACAAAACAUCAACAUUUUAAUACCAACGAUGUGCCAGGGGGUUAACACAUUGUAACUAGUGGAUAACUGUAAAGAUUUUGUGUGAGUGAUCAGUGUGAAUGAGACAUACAUGGGGUAUAGGACAAAUAUUAUGUCACAUUAGCACAAAGUCUUAUACGUAGUCGCUCCUCAGAAAUUCUAAAUGAACAUCCCGAGGGCACAAAACAUUUUGCAUCUAGGGUAGCUUAAAGCAGUUAAUUUGACCAUGGGUCAUUCCAAGUUAUUGCAAACCACAGUAUUCUGACUUCCUGCAAUGCAGUGCAGACUAGCUCUGCAAUGGUGCAUGCAUGGCCUUGAAUACUGUCUGUCGAUAUAUGUGUGUUUGCCUCUUGGGGCUACAUAUUACGCAGAACAUACAAAAUCAGCAACUAAAGGGUUCCAGCUACUGUUGUAUACUGCACGUAGCAUCCCAGUCCUAUUAGUUUUCAAGGUAUUAGACAUCGUCUAUGAUCCUUCCUAUGGAUGUUGAACUUUGUAACAGUAUCAUGUGUUCAUCCGAUGAAAACAAUUUAGACUUUUUUUUUUUUUUAAAAUAAUGUUUUGAUAAUUCCACGUUUUUGUUUGGAAGAUUUGCAGAAUACUCGUAGAUUCAUUACUGUUGUUAAUCUAUCAGAAGUGCAAUCUGCACUUUUUUGUUAAACAUUUGACAUCAGAGACAAUCUGAACAUAGGGCUUCUGUAAUAUUUUUGUGAGAUGUUACAGAAAGAUUGAUGUACCUAAGCAACCUCUGUAUUCUAAGCUGCUUCUCACUGUGAACAUUAGAGGGUAUGUUAUCUUGUGAUAACAUUAUAUAGUAUGUAAAACACGAGGGAUGGCCUUUUAGGAAAUUGUAUAGUUGUUGUUUUUCCAGCGUGGAAUCUUAAGUAGAAAUUUUUUGAAUAAAUCCAUUUCUGUUGUGUUAACCACUGUUGCCUGGAUCUACCAUAUCAACAAACUGUAGCUAGAUGUUAGACAUUUUAUUAAUGUCUGUUCAAUUCGCUUGUCUUGAUCUUGCAGUUAGCACACGCCUUAAUUUGUUUACCUUCCUUUUCACUACCCUUGCUGUUUGACCUCUUAUUCUAAAACCGCCCCAUACAAACCUGGAGUUAUUUUGCAAAAUUUUCUCUGGGUGUAUGUUUGUAUAUGAAUGAUUGGAGUUCUUUAGGGAACAAGGUUCAGUGUAGAAAAAUUUAACACACCAUGGCCCCACAAUUUGACAAUCUAAGCAAUAUGUUACUGUUUCACUCCCGCUUCCUUCCCUUGCUGUCCUCUGCGGCCCUCUUCCUAGCAGUUAAAUGCCUGUUGACUGUUUGCUGUGUGAAUUGAAUCCCAGUACUGACAGCCUGCUUAAAGUUUCACCCCCAGAGGACAGUGGAACCCGAAAGGUGGUGGAGAAGUUGGCUCGAUAUGUAGCUGAAGGGGGCAAAGAGCUUGAAAAAAUGGCAAUUGAAGAUUAUAAGGAUAACCCUGCUUUCACGUGAGUUUUACCUUUAAAGUGCAUCUUUGCAUAUGCAUAGAAGUGUGUAGUGACUUGUCUCCAAACAUAUAGUCAGGGCUACAGAAACACCUGCAUUGAUAUUACCAUCUACAAUGUGUGAAGAAAUUAAUUAGAUUCUGUUUCUUAAUUAGAAUUAAAGGGACACUCUAAGCACCAAAAUCACAUUAUCUUUAAUGAAGGGACUCUGGUGCAUAGACUUAUUUUUUUUUUCCAGACAAUUUAAAAGAUUGCUGUUUCAGAGAAAUGUCAAUGUUUACAUUUGUUCAAAAAUCACAUCACUAGCAGGCCUCUAGAGCCUCUUCCUCAUGAAGACUUUUGAUAAGGCAAGGUCUUCAGAACGCUCUUAAUGCUUGUAUUGGAUUCAAUGUUUCUCUUUGAGUUGCAUUUGAUUGGCAGAGUGUGGUGACUGCUGUGCAUGCACCCUUUGUCUCUAAUGUUUACCUAAGAACACCUUUUGGUUUGAACAGAAGUCAUUACUGAUGACUUCACUGGAGGCGCAGUGACUUUUCAGAGGAACUCAAUUGGCAUGUUUUACCAACACUCAAAUGUUUAAAAUAUAUAUAUUUUUAAUGUUAGAGUAUUUUAAUGUUAAAAUGCAAGUAGGAGUGGGAUUAGUACAUAAUUGUGCAUGGGCCCUGCGCCAUCACUAAGUGCCAACUAACUAUCCUACCAUUAAUUAUUUUAUUUUGUUUUCUAUAUACACAUCUAAUUGACUGAAAAUGAAAUUGUAAUAUCUGUAUGUUUGUUUAUUAAUGCAUAUGGAAAGCAGUGCUGUGGUUUAAGCUGGGGCAGUCAAAACCAUUUUAUUCUGAAGGCCAUUUUAUUCUGAAGGCCAUUUCAACAAGCAAAGAGGCAGUUUUGCCCAUUCUAGAUAAGAAACCAUCAAAACCUAUUUCGCUGUCUGUGUUGUUGUGCUGCUUUUUAAUUGGCUCUCUCUAGGGAUGUUGAUUUAGAUCUAAUUAUCUGCUUUGUCACAAACCUCUGAUUUUAAUUUUGAAAUAAUUGUAAGGGCAUGGUUAAAGUGACACUCACUGUGGGCACUAUAACCACUACUGCACACUAGUCUCUGGGUGAUGUCUGCCUGUAAUCUAUCAGACAGAAUGGCCUAACUUUGCCGUGUCAAGUGCCUGUGGUCCUUUCAGUUUGAAUUGGUUUCAUAAAACGGACAUUUAUACCUUCAUCGUUCCAACUCCUGCCCGUUUUAAACAGUGUUCAUUGGCUGAGAGAUGUCCACUUACUCAAUCAAUGAAUACUGUUUAAGCCUUGUGCGAUUUGGCAUGAUAAUUGUACAGCUCUGCAGAAUUUGUUGGAGCUUUAUAAAUAAUAAUAAUAAUAAUGAUGAUGAUAAUGCAUAAAUAUUUAACUUCCACCUUAUCAGUCCAGCUCAGCUAGAAAUGUCGCAGGCUCCUGAAACAGACAGAUAAAUGUCAAAAUACUUGUUAACAGUUUGACAGAUUACCUGACAACAGUGCCUGGGGCUCUUGCCGCCAUAACUAUUACAUCUCAAUUUGGUGGUUAUGGUGCCUAGAGUGUCCCUUUAAGAAAUUACAGAUGGUAUAAUUAUCACAAAGGGAAUGUUUCUUCUAGAGCUAAAACGUAGCUGUAAUGUAAAAAAACCUGUGUUUCUGAUUUCUGUUUCACAACUUUCUAAAUGUAUUUUUCCUUUUUAGAUUUCUACAUGAUCAUAACAGCCGGGAGUUCCUCUAUUACAGGAAGAAAUUGGCAGAGUAUAGGAAAGAAUGUGAGGAUCCAGAAAAAAUGGCUGCUAACAAGGGUAAGUGACCCUGCAUGGACUGUUAACUGGGCACACAAUGCUGAUAGAUAAAAGCAUUAGACAAAUUUGGACAGAGGUGACAGGCAUGCCUGUGAUACAGAUCACUUUUGUGGUUACUCAGUGGGAGCAGGUUUGUCUGGGAAAGGGAGCAUGUCGCCCUCAUGUGCGCUGUUGAAUAGUUGUACUACUGAAAGAAAGCUCUUAGUGUAGUUUGCGCAGCGCAAGCAUGUCUUCUGAUGGUCUGCACUUUUGGGGACUUGUUUUCGGAUAAUGUCAACAGCAGGAUAGAAAACCAAGAUUGUGAUUUAGUCUUGGUAAAUAUAAACCUAAUACUGUAUAAUUGUGUGGUUAAAUGCAGGGUGAGUCAAAAGUUAAGAACUACCCAAAUACCUGUAAGAUGUGAUUUUGUUCAACUUAAGCAUAGAUAUGUCACCGCUCCCUUUGAUUUAUUUUAUCAUAUCUGAUUAAUAGCAUUACCAUUAAGUGUCUUACAGGUGUCUAGGUGAUUCUUAAAGGGUUAUCCAACCACCUUGACCAAUUCAGUGAUUUUACAGUGGUCAUGCUAGUAGGAGUAUAGAUGUGCAGUGUUUUUGCUUAAAAUCUUGCAUAUCCAGAGUUAUUGCCACUUGUGGGCCAGGGGCAAGUUGCACCCUCUGCACAUGUUACUUAAGAAGCCCAGAAGUCCAUUCCAGACUGCAAAAUGUCACUUCUGUGCAUAUUUUAUGUCUGUCAUCAGAGCGCAAGCUGGCGACCGCCAUAAUAAUCUUCUUCCUGGCAGGCUCCUUCUCUGUCCCUCCCACCCUGUGUGCGCUCCCUCCCACUUUUCUCUGUAAAAUAUGUGUAUAUUUAUAUGUGGUAUUUGACCCUGAUGAAAGUCCUCUAUGCAGGACUGAAACGUUGAUCGUCUUUUAUAUUUUGUACUAAUACAUUUUGUACUUUUAAUACGUGAGUGCUGCUACCUAUUUGGGAAAGAUUAUAUAUUUUUUUUAUCGAAUUUCCCUCUCUUCUUCCUCCACGCACUGGUCCAGAGUGCGCGCUUGCACUCUGAGACACAAAACGGUCCAAUCACAGGCUUCUAUGUGAAGCCUGUGAUUGGACCACGUGAGUGCUGCAAUGAUGGCGUGCUGGAUGUGAAGAUCGGUGCCAGGAGCUUUGUCCGGCGCUGGAUGUCAGGUAAGUUUAAAAUCUUUUUACAGGUUUUAUGGGAUGUGGGAACUAUUAGUUACGCCCCAUAGGGCAUUGUAAACAAAAUAUUGUUUUUAAAAGGUUUGGAGUAACCCUUUAACCUACUUGAUAAAUGACUUACUUGUCAUUGUACUUUCAUAUCUCAAUGACUUGAUAAUCUGCCUUUUCAAAGAUGGAGGUCAGGCACUGCAUGACAGUCUUUCAUAACCUUUGUCUUUAGUUGAUGAAGAUACUAAGAUGUUUGCUGAGAAGCUGGCCAGAUAUGUGGCAGAUGGAGGCCCAGAAGUAGAAGCUAUAGCAGUGCAAAACAAUAGAGAAAAUCCAGCAUUCAGGUAACUGUUAAUUAUCUGUUAACUCGCUGCACUUUUUCGCUCACAUUAAUGUUUAUGCUGUCAAUGUCACAUUGUUCACACUGCUUUGAAUUUCCAUUGAAUGUUAUUGUGCGGGACCUGUCUGGGGUGCUUUAUAUAGACCUUUCCCCUUUCAUACUAAUAUUUAUGCAUGGUUUUUCAUUAAUAAAGUUUUUGCACUGUUUCAAACGUCAUUCAAAACACCAUAACCAUCUAUAUUCCUUGUUAAAUAUCACAGAACAAUGAUAGAGAUAGAGAAGGGCUGUGCCACAUAAAGUUAAACGGUACUGAAAAUCUCGUUCCAACAGUGCAAAUUGUCACAUUUAAAAAGUGUCUCUUAUCAAGAAGUAGAUGCAGUUUGUGGUUUCUAAGUUCUUUAUGCUUGGGGGUUGUGGAAGAUCUCAGUGUCUUUAGUCUCCGUAUGUGGGUAGAAGACAAGGCAACCUAAUAGUGCAAUAUGUCAAGAUCUUUAAUAGACAAUACGUAGGUAAUAGUGAUGUUGCACUCACAUGUAAGAGAGCUAUGACCUGCUCUAGUGUAUGUCGCAUAUAGUGGUAUAAUCUCCACUUAUGGGGUAUGGUGACGGUCGUUCACAGCAGGUGGUUGUCCAGGUACUCAAAGAGGAGAUUAAAAUAGCCACAAAUUGUGCUCUUAGUAAGACAAUAAAAGCUGUAUGAAACUAAUCAAAAUUGUACUUACAAGUGUAGAGCAGGCUUGCUGCCCUAUGAUGAUAGUAAUAAUAAUGGUGGUAUGAUCCCCACCUGGAAUAUUCUUGAGUAGGGAUGAUAAAAUUGAUUUAAAAAAAAAAAGAUAAAAGAAAUAAAAUGCCAGGAAAAAUGUUGUUGAAAUAAAAAGGUGAUAGUACAAUAAAAUAUUGUAAAACCAAAAUCCUUUAUUUAAUCAAAUAAAAAGUAAUAUCCAUAAUGCGUUUCACCAUGUAGGCAUUCUCAAAUGGAAUACAAACAGAACAAUGCCUAAUGCCUCCUUUGCUUGUGUAGAGAUUCAAUCAGUUGCACAGGGGUUUGAAAUGGUAUUUCUUCAAUGUUUCAUUGAUGAAUGUUAUUGAAUAAACUUUAAUGCUGAAAUUAAAUUUUCUAAAGGAAAAUGUAAAUAUUCUAAAGGAAAUGCUAUUGGUUAUUUAAUAGAUUGAAAAGAAUGUUUGUCAGUAUGCUUGUGAGUCAUGACCAAGUCAGUUGAAGACUUUUUAAUUUGUAAUCUGAAAUUUUUUAUUAAUUAAUUAAUUAACGAUUACAUCACUACUUAUAUCUAUCAUUCCUCUAGGUCAGGGGUGCCCCAAAGGUAGAUCCCCAUGUGCCUUCAGAAUGACAAAGCAUUAUGGAAGCUGUAGUUUUAAAACAAUUAUAGUACGAACUAUAAAAAUUACAAAAUUGCUCUGUGCAGUCUUGCACUAAAAGCCCAGAGCAGCCUGGUUAUCAGAGGGUUAGUAAUAGACGUAUUACUGCUUUUCUAUGUGUAACAUGUAUAUUUUGCAUAUUUGCUUACUUUUUUGCAAUAAACUGCAUGUGUUUUAUAUAUUAAGAAACCUUUGUGAUUUUCAGAUUUUUGUAUGAACCAAACAGCAAAGGUCACAGACAUUAUAAAAUUAAGCUGGAAGAGUAUAAAAGAGCUUUGAAGAACUCUUCCAAACCUGAACCAGCACCAGAGCAGAAACGCAGGUUCACCCCAGAGCCUAUUUUUGCUGAAACUCCUUCCCCCCCUUCCUCUGUUACCUGGUCCUCCAACUCCACAGCUUCUUAUGUCUCAUCGCCCCCUCCAGCCAUAGAGCAGCCCGCAUUGAAGAAGAGGAGGAAAAGUCGCUGGGGUCCAGAAGAAGAGAAAGUGGACGUUCCUCCUGCAUCUGUGGCCAUUGAGCCUCCUGAUACCAGCCUUCUAACAGGUAAGCAGUACAAAGACAGAUCCAGGUGGGAAAAACUGUAUAUUUUACACAUUUUUAGAACUCUUUUUUUUCUUUCAUCUGCUGCUACAUAAAAGCAAUUAUGGUCUAAAAUAUGUGAUGUUUUCAAUAGCACAGAGAUAGUUAUAGGAGCUUAAUAAUGUCACAUUUAGUAUAAACAGUCUACCUUAACCCCUUAAGGACCAAACUUCUGGAAUAAAAGGGAAUCAUGACAUGUCACACAUGUCAUGUGUCCUUAAGGGGUUAAACCAAAUACCCAUCGCUGGGACAGGAACUGUUUCUUAAUCAAGGCAGUUUUUAUGUAGCCAAAACUGUUACCCUUCACCGCGUAUCUAGUCCCUUAUUAAUUUUGUGGGAAGCAUCAGUUAGGGGUUUAAACCCCAUUUAGGUGGACAGUGAAAGCAGGGUUAGAAGUGCUGCAUCCUUCACACUUUUAGGGUUAGUGGUCCAGGAUUAGGGGUACUUGGAUGCCAGGAUUAAUUGAUAGGGUUCCUUAGAGUUUGUGAUAUCCAGGUAAAUAUUAGGUGAUCCAUAUUUAUGGAUGCAGGAUCAAUGAUUAGAUUUAAGCAUGAGUGAUGCCAUUAGAGGUUACCUAUAUUUAAUAAUUAGCCAUGUUUCAAAACCAAUACUACUAUAUUAUUAUUAUUAUUUUUUUUUUUUUUUUUUUUUUUUUUUUUACUGAAAUAGUUUUUAUUUUGUAGUAUAUGAACUGUAUUUUGUUUGUUUUGGUUUUUUGUGAUGCUUUGACUACUGCCUUGCUAACAUUUUGAACAUAAAAUUAUGUUAAAGGGACUCUCCAGUGCCAGGAAAACAAACCCGUUUUCCUGGCACUGCAGGAUCCUGUCUUGUCCCCCUCCUUUCCAUCCCCUAUCCCAUGUUGCUAAAGGGGUAAAACGCUUUCAGUGACUUACCUGAAUCCAGCGCUGGGUCAGGCUCCACCGUGCGCGCGCAUUAGACCUCUCAAUAAGAAAGCAUUAUUCAAUGCUUUCCUAUGGGGAUUCCGGUGACGCUGGAGGUCCUCAUGCAUAGCGUGAGGACGUCCAGCGUCGUUUAAAAUACUUUUUGUGUUCUAAUAAGCCGGAAGUGCCUCUAGUGGCUUAUAGACAGCCAAUAGAGGCACUUCCGGCUUAUUAGAACACAAAAAUACCUAUGCUUAACCCUACAAGGUAAUUAUUGUCGUUUAUAAAAACUGCAAUAAUUACACUUGCAGGAUUAAGGAUGAUGGGAGUUGGCACCCAGACCACUCCAAUGGGCAGAAAUGGUCUGGGUGCCUGGAGUGUCCCUUAAAAAAAAAAUCAAAAAAAAAAUCUUCAGUUCAACAGAAAUAAGGACUGGGAAGAAUACUGAAAUCCGGGACAGAUUUAUUGCAGCGUAUUAAGAUUUCUCUAGUGAGUGUGAAUAGUAUAAUCCUUGUGCAUCACAAAUAAGGGGCAUACGUUUGGCAUAAUUAUGCCUUAAUCAAGUAUAUUAUUUUCAUAACUUUCAAAAGGGUGCAAAUAUGCAUUAUAAAGAAUAAAUUAAUUAUAAACAUAAUUUUUUAAGAUUUAGUUUGUGGACAUAAAAAUUGAGAAUCUUCUAUUACCAUAAACUUUAUUCCAGUUUUAUGCCUGAGCCUUAUUUCUCUUGGAUUGCUGUGGGAGUAGAGCGUACUCUGGAUUGGCGGCAAUUGGAUAAUCCUUGAGAGCCUUCCUGUCUUUCUGUAAAGAAUAUAACUUCAAACACUAAAUAUUGAAUAUUUGUUGUUAAAUGAUUGAUCUAUUUUGUCUUAUUAUUUUUUUUUUUCUACUAUGUCAAUCAUCAAGUCUGAACACUCACCAGUUACAGAAUAACAUGAUUUUAGAAGUUUAGAUGGAUUUAUUUGAAAGUAGUAAUUUAUGCUCUAAGUUUUCAUUGUUCCUAUAUAUUUUUUUUCUUUCUUAGCUAAUGUGCAAAGCAUAUGUUUUUCUCCUUGCAAUGCUUUAAACAGCCAUUUUUGGUAUGUAGAAAUCUAACAAGACAUGUGAACCCAUUGUAAUGCCAUAUUUUUGGAUACAAGAACAUGUUCAGUGUAAGGUGAACAUAAGCUUAUUUGAAGAAGAGUGUUGAUACAAGGCACAGCAUUUCAAGUCCUGUACUGCUAGUCAGGCCUACAAGUUAUUCACUAUAACUCACCUCCUGCAGUAACCUCUGGUAAUAGACAGGUUUAUGGCAACCACCCAGAUACCCUGCAUCCAAACGGCGAUAUAGCUGUAAAAGCUAAAUAAAUAUUUGCAAGCAGUUCAGCUAGAACACAUAUAGGAGAAAAGGAUGAAGAGCUGUUCAGUAAUUCUGAAAGCACACGGCUUCCCAAUCCUAAAUCAUUAGGGGCAGCAGAUAUCGGUGUAUAAGCUUCUGUUUUCAAAUAGCACUGAGCAACUACAGUGGGGUCUUUGUGGCACCUCAACAGGGCUGAAUUUACACUUGCCAGUGCGUGAGUGUUUAUUGUGAUACUUGAUUAUAGUCCAUAAGCACGGGGUACCAUAAUAACCAUAUAGUGUCUCAAGUCCUUAAACCUCUCUCUGGUGGUAUCAGUAGUUGUUAUAUUGGGCUGGUUAAGAGGGCUCUCUGGCCUGCAUGUGAGUUCCGCGGGGUUAUUCACCAAGCUUUACAUUUUCAGCAAUUUAAGAAUGGAAAAAGGCAAAAAUAGCCAAGUUGUGCCAUAGCUAAACUUGAUUUGAGAAUUUUUUUCAGAUCAGCUAUUUUUAGGAUUCCAAUUAAAUUCUCAAAAAUUCUGUGUUUGGUGAAUAACCUUGCUGGGUUUAUAGGUAGCAUUUUAAAGUCUUAUGAGUGUCUCUGUUUCUGUAGGAUAUGACACACUUUGAAAGCUUUUAUGAGUUUAUGGUGGUUACCAACUUUCUCCACCAACAAAUUUCUCUAAAUUUGAUAGCAUGGAUUGCAGUGACAUAGACAUGUACCUUUGGGAUUGUUUUUAUAUUGCACUGGCUUGGGACAUGUACUGAUAGAAAGCCAGGCUUGUAGUUUCAGUUAUAUGCUCUGGUUGCAGUCACUGUAGCAAGAAAAAACGAUUAUAUAUAGGAUGGCGCAAAUGGGAGAAGGAUCUUAGUACGUGCAGCAACCAACAAAAACAAAUCCUGGUAAAACGAUUUGAACAUAAAAUAACUUACAGUAGUGAUGGUGCGCAACAACAAAAAUCGUAUUCACUAUGGACCUCUUAUAGAAAGUGAAAGUAACCCUGUGUACAUGAAAUGAGGUGUAUACAGAGUGGAAAUAUUAUAAGUAAUUCCUUAAGGAGGAUCAGCCCCUAGAGUGCGUGGGAUCCGUGGAAAAGAAGCUUGCAAUCCGGAUCUCAGAUAAGUAUACUUUAUUAAUAGCAAUUUAAAAACGGCAAAACUUGUUGUGGAGGUAGUUAGUCCGCUCACCAGCCUCAAGAAAGUUCCAUAUACUCAUGCAAUGUAAAAAAUCUUCCGGCUGCUGUCCUGGCUGCUGUUGCCGACUGUCUCCAAAUCACUUCCUGGUUCUGGGUCAGUAAUGCAUUUAGCCACAAAAUAAAUCUUUCUGUUUGAAGCUCUACUGCUAAGUCAACCUGAGCAUGUGGGUCUCUAGGGAACUGAAAUGGGUCAGUAUCAGUAGCUUGAUUACAUUGUAAAGAACAAAUAGGAAUAUCGUUCUUAUGGGUCUACUGUUACAGGUAUCAUGCAAAUAUUGGACCUAAUAUCCAGUACCUUGUGAGUUAACGUAUAUUUGUUUAGCACAGAUUUAUAUAUUUUGGGUUUUAACCCUUUUUGUUACGGUGUGUUCAACUGACAGUUUGUGACAUCUCAUCUCUCUUAAUGUGUAGCCCAGGAUCUGAAAGGCCUGGGAUAUGAAAAAGGGAAACCAGUUGGACUGGUGGGUGUCACUGAGCUUUCCGACGCCCAGAAAAAGCAGCUGAAGGAGCAGCAGGAGGUAGGAUGAGAGAUAUAUGGUAACGUGUGAGACUGGUAACGUCAUUGCGGUUUUCAGGCCGUUACAGAAAUAUCAAGAAAUAUAUUUAUGUAUGAUUAUGGUACUAUGUUGUUAAAGGAACAAAUUAUCAACAAGUAGUUAAUAAAAAUGUCUCACCAAUAAUUAACAAGAUACACUAAUUUGAAAUAAAAUGUCUCCAUGAUUAAUUGGCUUGAUAAUGCUGAGUAUGGACUGUUCUAAUCUCAUUAGUCUGCAAAUAUUGUGUACAUGCCAAGAUACUUGUCAAUUUGACACAACACAUUGGUAACAUUUACGAGUUUAUAUAAAAUGUACACCAUUUAUACAUUCCACUUACAUACACAUACUGUGUUUCUCCAUUUCAUCACACUAAAAUCCUGUGUAUCUUUAUCAUUUCCUACUGUAUGCAGGCGUAUAUAUUUUGUGGUUAACCAGCUGUCUUCUCUCUGUGAUCAGAUGCAGCAAAUGUAUGAUAUGAUUAUGAAACACAAGCGAGCCAUGCAAGAUAUGCAGCUCAUGUGGGAGAGAGCUCUGAAACAACACCAGCAUGAGUAUGACAGUGAUGAAGAGGUGGACAAUGAUCUUGGGACGUGGGAACACCAGCUUAGAAAGAUGGAAAUGGAUAAGACUAGAGGUAACUGAACUGUUACAUUUGUCUGAAAUGCAGUCUUUGAGCCUUUGAUAGAUUGGACAUGUUUUUUAUAGUUUACUAACAAGUUUUAUUUUUAUACACAUUAAAAACUAAUUUGUAGUAAAAUAUCACGAAGCAAAUAUGAAUCACAGUUCAGGGUGUAAUUCAAAACAGUCAUUUGAAACUUCUAAAGAAUAGGGGGAGGGGGAGGAACUAUUUCGUUUGUGGUUAAAGGAGCACUCUAAGCACCAAAACAAGUUUAAUGAAGUCAUUUUGGUGUAUAGAUCAUGCCACUGCUGCUUUACCGGUCAGUUCUCUGCCAUUUAGGAGUUGAGUUAAAUUACAUUGUUUAUGCAGCCCUAGUCACAACACUCAGAUGAAACUCACUAUUAAAAAUUAGACUACAUUUUUUUAGUUUACCUUGUUGUGAAUUCUGUUUAAUGUAGAAUUUCUUAUCUUCUGCUCUGUUAAUAGUCUAGUAGAGCUUGCAACAGCCUCCUGCAUGUUAUUAAAGUUCAACUAACAGAGCAGGAGAUAACUUCUAAAGUACAUAAACGCUGCAUAAAAUAAUUUUUUAUGUUGGCCAUAUGAAUCACAGCCAAGGGAAGUUGGCUAUGGCUGUAUUACAGAAACAAAGUUGAUUUAAUCACUACAUGGUGAAUUGAGCAUUGAGACUGCAGGGGAAUGAUCUAUACAGCAAGACCACUUCAGUAAGCUAAAGUUUGUUUGGAGCUUAGAGUGUCCCUUUAAGUUGGAUAAAGUGACACAAUAAGCAUCAAGAUCACUUCAUCUUAAUUAAGUAAUUUUGGGGCAUAGAUGCUGCCACUGCAGCCAUGCAAAUUGAAUCCAUGACAUUUCUGAAUUACAGCAGUUUGCCUUUUGCAGUGCCCACACCCACUAGUAGCUGAUAGACAGCCUAUUGGAGCUCAAGUCCAAAGGAGGUUCAAUAAUUUAAUCUAUUUGAUGGCCGGCGUCAGCAUGCAAAUGAUGAUGGAUACUCGGUGUGCAUCCAGUGUUUUUAUGUGAGACGCACUGAUUUGGCAGAUUGCAGCAAAUUCUAUGCAUGUGUCCUUAGUACUUCUCUGUAAAAAGCAUCUAACAGGACAAAUGCCAUUAUAAUGAUGACAUCUCUAGGUUAGGAUUGAGCUACAAUGAGGAAACGUUCUGGAAUAAAGUUUCAUGGCUUUGCAAAAAAAAAAUUGCUAAAAAGGGAUGGGGUAGUUAUAUAAAAAGGUUAAGGAGCACAUUUAACACAUAACGAUUUAUUUUUUUAUUUUUGAAACUAGUGUCCCUUUAAGUUCAGUGUUUUAUUUUUAUUUUUAUUCAUAUCAGGAUAGAUGUGUGGCAUUUCAAAACAACAGCACUCAUUUUAUGGUGAAAUAGAUUGAGGCAAGACACACAGUAUAAAACAUUGGCUGAAACUAAGCGGGUAAACAGAAGGCAAGUUAGGCAUAGUGAUUAAUAUCAGGAAAGUAAGUGGAUAAGCCAUGAUAAUUUCAGUGUUUUAAUAUCAUGGUUGUCAAUUUUUGAAAAAGUAAAUGUAAAAGGCUGUAUAAUAAGUGAAUGGACGGUUACAAUGUGAUCUCUUUUACGCUGGCAGAAUGGGCAGAGCAGCUAACAGAAAUGGGCCGUGGGAAGCAUUUCAUCGGAGAUUUUCUACCACCGGAUGAGCUUGACAAGUUCAUGGAAACCUUCAAAGCUCUCAAGGUAGGGGAUGUUACAUGAUUAUUGAUGUAGAUGAUGUUACACACCGUACUCUAGGUGCACUGUUAUAUCAAGCAUGAAACUUUACGUUCUUCUAUUCUUUUACAUGGUCAGAAUCUCACAUCGCUAUAGAUCGUUUGAGUAUUAAUAGGGCACUAUAGUCACCAGAAUCAUUACAGCUUAAUGUAGUGGUUAUGGUGUGUAUAGCCUGUCCCUGCAGGCUGAGCACUGUAACACCUCUAGUCACUCAGACUGCCACUAGAGGUGCUUCCUAUCUCUGUGCUGAACAUUCUCCAUAGAAAUGCUAUUUAAUUAUUAGAAGAUGCUGUUUGACCCAGUGAAGCGUUUUCCCGCACAUGCACAAUAGCCUCCCAUUCUACGGGAAAGAAUUGGAUUGACUGUGAUCAUCAAGUUUGAUGAUCUCAGCCAUGGAUGUGGAGCAAGCUGUGGCGAGAUUAGCAUGGUAUAGAAAAAAGGUACGUUUAAACACCUUUCCCUUGCAAUCGAACUGGGGCCAAAAACCUAGCGUUAAACAAUAUUGUGACAGGAAUACACGUUUGUGUUCCUGACAUUAUAGUGUUCCUUUAAGUUGACAGAAUUUAUUUAAAAAAAACAAUAAUAAUAAUAAUUCUGCAAAUGUAAUAGGCUAUAUUAGUCAAAAUUUAGCAAGGUUCUUCUUUUUUUUUUUUUUACUUUACUUUACUUACUGUUUUAAUAAAUAAAACCAUGAAUAAAAGUCUGUUAAUUAAAAGUUUUCUGGGCUUUGAUACGUCUCCUGAUUUACCCUCUAGGAUCAAGACAUUUAUUGAAUAUUUAUGGAUAAGCAUUUCAAAUGAUUUAUUUUUUACAUUUUUUUUUAUGAAUGUGUUUAUAUACGAUAUAUUGUUUGAUAUUUGAAUAUUAUGAAAAAAAAUAAUUUCAAACAAUGUAUCCAACAAUAUUGUCAUUUUUAAAACUUAUCCAAAAAUAUUAAGUUAAGGUCUGAGUUGGGUAUGUUAUAGCCAUUAAUAAAUCAGUUAUGCUUGUUUGUUACUAAGCAGUGUGGUACGUAUUACCCUCGACGCACACCUCUAGAAAGUAUUGCAUACUUACAAGGCAAAGAUAAAAUAUAGAAACAUAGAAUGUGACAGCAAUUAAGAACCAUCUAGUCUGCCCAAUUUUAAAAAUACUUUCAUUAGUCACUGGCUUUAUCUUAUAUCUAGGAUAGCCUUAUGCCUAUGCUAUGCAUGCUUAAACUCCUCUACUGUGUUAACCUCUACCACCUCUGCUGGAAGGCUAUUCCAUUCAUCCACUACUUUCUCGGUAAUUACUUAAAAAAAAAAAUUUGCUAAAAAUAUAAAAGGUAAAUAUAAAAAGGUUAAGGAACACAUUUAAUUAUCACAACAAUUUAAUUUUUUAUUUUUGAAACUAGUGUCCCAUUAAGUUCAGUGUUUUUUUUUUUUUUUUUUGCAGUGCAUAAAGAUAUUAGACAAGCCCACAAUACCCCAACAACUAAACUGGGAGUUAAUACGUCCUGAUGUUAUUUUUAAACCUUUGCCCAUCUAGCUGGAAUUUGAGUUGUGCAAAUCCUCAAAUCUUUAGAGAUGCAAACUCUUGUACAUUUUAACAGAGGUAAUUAGGAUAGUGACAGUUGCAGACUAUAGUAGCUGUUAGUAAGGAGGUAGUCUGGUACAAAAGAUUUGCUAGGAAAUCGAUUGUAGUUUGCAAAAAAAAAGGUCUGUAGGAGAGCUUGUAUGUUUCACAUUGAAACAACCUAAAUGUUAUGUUGUUUUUUUCGUUUAAGUGCGUGUAUGCAUUGUCCAUGGUCUAAAUGUAAUGUCAGGCUAUUUUAAGAUAAUUUGCUGGGUAAAGCACCAUUAGCAUGCAUUCAAUGAGACACUCGGUUUUGUAAUAUUUCCUCUUUUUUUUUUUUUGUAUAUUUGCAUUUAAAUUAGUUGGCCAAAUGUUUCUAUUGUGUUGUAUAAUUUCACACGUUAAAUAUUCUAUUAGUCUCUACCUAGCCAACCCCCACCCCCAAUGUCUUUUUAUCCUCUGCAUAUGCAUUGUAUGGGCGCACGAACCAACACAAGUUAGAAGUGAUAUUCCUAUGACACGGUUUGUAUUCUUUUACCAACAGGAAGGACGUGAGCCAGACUAUUCAGAGUACAAGGAAUUCAAGAUAACUGUAGAGAAUAUUGGAUACCAGAUGCUCAUGAAGAUGGGAUGGAAGGAGGGCGAAGGGUUGGGGUCUGACGGUCAAGGAAUCAAGAACCCUGUAAACAAGUAAGACAAUUUUUGUACUUUUUUUUUUUUGGUACUCAUUUAAUCCUCAGAUAAUUACAUAUUAAUGCCACAUAGAAACACUAGGGGGCACAUAAGUCAAGCUGUGGUUUGUUACAGUACAAUUACUGAGAAGUUUCAUCAACAUCCCCUUAUCAUUAUUGACACUAACUCAGAAAUUAGGCCGGUGAGAUAGCUCAAUAGAAUCUGUUCAACCCUUUGGGGUUGCACGUUCAAAUCCCGGCAGGGUUUUCUCAUCCCUUCAUCCUUCUGAGUUAGAUAAAAUGAGUACCAUUAAAUUGGGUCAUGGUAACAUCCCCUGGAUGUUGGGCAAAAGUAACAUCCCCAGGACGUACUUGGAAACCAGUGUACCUUUCCUGCUUAAAUACUUUGUUUUUAUUAUUAUAAUUACCGAUUAUAAUGGGCAACAACUCAUCAGACUAAACUAGAUGUUUACAUAUGACUGGUGCUCUCAGUCUUUGAAUAGUGUAUGCUUGGUAUGAACUUCCACUUUACCAUACCAGACAGAGGCAGGUAAAUGCCAAACUGUUCUUAAACAUUUUAACUGUUUAUCACCAGGCCACACCAGGGAAAUACUUGCACCUUAACCACACCAGGACAUAGUAAUUGUUAUGGCAUUUACAGAAUAACUAAGUUUUGUAAUUUUCAAAUAUCAUAUACAUGGUAAUAUGUAAUCAGAAGAUCAUUCUGAACAAGGUGUGGUCAUUUCUAGGGACGUGAUGUUUAAAUGGAAAUUGGAACUACCCCUUUGUAUCUAAACAUGGUAUUGCUCCCUUCUAUUAACAGGGGCUCUACAGCUGUCGAUGGAGCAGGAUUUGGCAUUGACCGCCCAGCAGAAUUAGCAAAAAAUGACGACGAGUAUGAGGCAUUCCGAAAAAGGAUGAUGUUGGCAUAUCGGUUCAGGCCUAACCCACUGGUAUGAACCUGUAUCUGGCAUCUUAAACUUUUUUUUCUCUUUUCUUUUUUUAACAACAUGCUCUUUAUUCUGUUUUUGAAAAUAAAAGAAACAAUUUUAUUAAAGUUCAGAGAACUCGGAAUCAUGGCAUAGACAAUCUAAAAGCGUGAGACGCGCAGGUCUCGGUCCAACGUUAACUGUCCAGGGAAUACUGUACGAAGAGGGGGGAGCUUGUCAUUCUACAACAAAAUGGCAGACUUUGUGAUCGGUCAAUGGUUGGGGGAGCUUAUUGUAGGGAAAAGUAAAACUGUGUGUCAGAAGUGAUAAGAAGCCAUUGGCCCUAAUUGCUGUAUAUUGUGGCAUUCUAUCAGAGGAGCUAAAUAUCUGUUCCUCUAUUAAGCGGAACUCUUCCAUCUUGAUGAACCAUAAGGACAAAGAAUGUUUUCUCCAAAAUCAAUUGUUGAGCAACAUUUUGAAUAAGAACUGAAAGAGUAAACUCUUUAAUCCCUUCACUACCAAGUUUUUUGCAACUGGAGACAACCAGAAUACAUGAUUUUUUUUUUUGUAUUUUUUGAGGUACAUUUCUUUUUCAUUAUUUAUUUAAGACAAAAAAAAAAUACAAAUAACAUAGUGUACAUGCAAAACUGAUAUUAAAAAUGUAAUUAUGAGAAGCAAAAUGGCAUUCAUUUUAAAACCUUAUUUUAUUAGAGGACAAUAUCAAGGUGCAGUACUGGUGUAGUGGAGUGGCAGACUUGGGAGGACUGACAUUUGUUGAAAUUUGUUCCAUCAGUAAAAAUAUUAGUGACAAAUUGUCAAAGGUUCCAGUUGAGAGUUGAUGCCAUGAUUUUGACGCAAUAAAUACUCCUACAACAAAAAGCAUAGGAAAAAUUGAAAGGAAAAAUAAUCUUAAAGGACAACUGUCAUCAGUUUUUUUUUGUUUGUUUUUUAGUUCUUGUUUUGUUUUUUUUUUGUUUUUUUAAUUUAUUACAUUUUAAUGAAAUGUAAUGACGUACAUUUAUUUUCUUAAGAAAAUUUCACUUUUUUUUUUUGUAAAUCUGACGUAAAUCUGACUGAACAGCCAUGUUGGGUUCUAUUGUUAUCAAAACCAACUGCUUCUCAACCUAAUUUUCCUUCUGGUUCACACAAAGAAAGGUUAGGUUAAGCAUCAGUUGGUCAGAUAGCAGUAGACUCUAACACAACAUGGCUUCUUAGUCAGAUUUUUUUUUUAAAGGGAAUUUUUCUCAAGAAAAUCUAUUAAAUUAAAAAAACAAAUCUCAAAUAUCAUUAAACUUAAUAAACUUGUAAUAAGCAACAAGUGAAAACUAUGUACACAAUUAGGUUUAGUCCUCUUGUGUUUAUUUUGCAAUAUCAUAAUACAUUAACAAAUGGUAAAAAAAAAAAAUACAUCAAACUCAGAAUUGAUACAUGAGUAAUAUAGUUGUAGUCUUUGCAUUGAGUGGAACAUUUUUCUUGUGAGGAUAAUUCAUAUUUUUGUGUAUUGUGAAUUGAAUUUCACAUUUGUUCUUUUACUUACAGAAUAACCCACGGCGUCCAUAUUAUUGAAGAACUAAUGUGAUCAACCUCCCAUACAUCAUUAAUCUCAGAAGAUUGUCCCAUACCCGUAAUUCCUGUUUAUGUCCCUUUGCGUAUGAAGAUGCUAGAUCUUUCAGAAGCUUCACCUACAGCUGUCACCUGCAUCCCAGUGUACCUACUCAUUGUUAAUUUGCAAAGGAUAUAGUAGGUCUAAUAAAUAUAAGCCUUUUAGCUGAACCCAAUGUGACAAUUUGUUUAUUUUGUUUUUAUUUUAGUUGAAAUUUCUUUUUCUGCAGGUGUUAUUAAAAUUUUUGUCUAAAAGAAAAUCAUUGUUGCCAUUUUUUUGAAAUGUUUUGUUUAUUAAAAACACCUGUAUAAUAUAUUAUAACUGAGAGGGAUUGAGCAUUAUCUGCUUACACUGAGAUUGCCUGAUUUACUUAACGUUAUUUUUAUGCACUUAUUCCAAGCAGACUUAAUUUCCUGACAAGAGUUUGGCCAGUGCAUUUUAGUUGGAAUGUAGAUAGUUUGUCCUAAACUUUUAAUCAAUGUCUUAAAUCACUUUUUUAUACACCUCCCCUGGCUGAGACUCACACAGUCUCAUUGCUGUCUUCCUAAAUAAAAGUCUAAAUAUUUUUUUUUAGUAUGUAUCUUCUGCUCUAAUAGCCUGUUACAUCUUACAAUAGCCUCCUCUGCGUGAUUAACAUUUAGUUAACAGAACAGGAGGGAACGUCUAAAGUAAACAAACUGUGCUGUAAGAUCUGUUCAAAAAACUAAAAAAAAAUUUAUGUUGGCUUUGUGUGUCACAGACACUGGAGGUAUGGCUAGUGCUCUUAAAACAGACAAAAGUGAUUUAACUCCUAAAUGACAGUGAGAUGGCAGGGACAUGACUAUAUACACCAAAACUACUUAAUUUUUAUUUUUUGAAAAUUCUUUAUUUGUAAAGAUUUUGUUUUUU